UCAUCUUCGGUCUGCUGAGGUGGAAACAAAGGCGACAAAAAUGACUAUUUGGUGCAACUUGUGUAAAUGUCACGUCAGUACUCCUUGCACUUCCCACCAUCUGCCCGCGGAUCACGGGAGCCCAGUCUGCAGGAGGUUCAGAUCCACCAAAGGGGCAUCCAAAGCUCGACGGGACCACAUCAAUCAUGAGAUCAAGAACAUGCGUGCUCUGCUGCCCAUCACCCUGGAGGACCAGGAGCGACUCUCGUACCUUCACUCCAUGGCCGUCAUCUGCACCUACAUCAGGAAGUCUGUUCUCUUCCAGGGGCUCCCAGCUGGAGAGCGAUCACACUGCUCUCUGCCACAUGAGGUCUUUCUUCAAGCCUUGCACGGCUUCAUCCUCGUCUCCACCGCACAGGGCAGGCUGGUGUAUGUGUCAGAAAAUGUAGCCGAGUAUCUCGGGGUUUCCAUGGUAGAUGUGCUGCAGGGAGACACGAUAUAUGAUAUGGUGGAACACUCUGAUGUCGACGUUGUUAAAUCAAACCUGGACAUUGAAAACAACUCAAUGUCAGAGCGGAGCUUUAUAUGUUGCAUGAAAACCUCCAAGACCUUUAAGUUGCAACAUGGCAGCUGUUCCUCUAUACUGGUCAGAGGAAGCUUCCAAUUCUUCCCUCAACCCUAUGCAUGCUCCCCUACCACUACAACCACCGAGCCACUGUUCGUGGCUCUCUGCACCCCAACAGUGAACUGCCUGAGGAGCACCGACUCUCACUUCUGUCACAGCUUCAACAGCACACAUGGACUGGAUAUGAGCUUUAUGAAGCUGUCAGAUAGUGUUUCUCCUUUGUUGGGGUAUUCGGCAGAGGAAAUGAUUGGUCGAUCAUGGUACAGCCUCGUCCAUCCUGAAGAUCUGUCGCUGAGUGCAGAUUCUCACAGAAGUUUGAUGCACUCAGAUGACGGCUUCCAGGUGGAAAUGGUGCUGAGACUCCAGCGCAUGGAUCUGUCGUGGUGCUGGAUCUAUAGUCGAGCCACCAAAGUCUCUGGGGAAUGCCAGACCAUCAGCUGCACCAACUUCAUCAUCAGUGAAACUGAGGCCAGAUUUCUUCAGAAGAAAAUCAGCAGCACGGCCUUCAAACCAGCAUUUCUGCCAAAUUCCUACCACUGUGCUCAACACCCUCAAAGCUCCAACAAUAAAAGGCAGAGGACAUCCAACAGCCAGAGUGAGGAGCCCGGUGCCAGAGAUACGAUGGAGUCUGAGCACGACACAGACUGUGUGGUGAGCGGCUCUUCCCCGAGCUCACCUGCCCUCCUGGGUGAUAGCCCUGCUGUCUUCAUCCCUCCAUACAGCCCCGCCUCCUCCAGCUCCUCUCUGCAGCAGGAGGAGCUCAGCCAUGACAUUCUGAUGGAUGUGCAUGCAUGCACAGAUCAGUGGCUGUGCUCCCCUGAGGCCUCUCCCUCCCAUUAUUCCUACCCAGAGACCAGGCUCACCUGUCACCAUUCACCCUCAGACUCCCUCCCUGCAGCCACUCAAACCUUUGACCAGCCAUCCUUUGGCAUGCUCAGUGGCCACACUCCACCCACCUCAUCGCCAUCCUGUGAUUUCAGAGAUUAUACAUCUGAUGCUCGCUUAGUUCCAGACUGCCUCUCUGUGUCCGACAUGUGUGAGAGCCCAGCGGACUGUGCUCUGCAUCCAGAUGAUUUCGGCCUUCUUUUGCAGCCACAAGAGGGCAGCGUUGUCCAACUGCAUCAUGAUGCUCCUGACUUAUCCACACAUACCAGUGUUUUUAAUCCCAGCCAGUCUCCCACAUCCCUAGAGCCUAACCAGUAUAGCGAGAGUGAGCAGGUGGAGAUCAGUAUUCUGGCCCAGCAGAUCUCCUCGCUAGCCAGCAGGUUUGACCAGCAUCAUACUGUGAAUCCCUAUCAGCAUGUGGUCCAAACUACAGCCACCAACACGCUGCCCUCAGCCUGUGACUGGCCCCCUAAUUCUCCUCCCCCCUCAGUUCGUCUUCCCAAUCCUGCGCUGGUUCUUGAUGUUGCCAUGUUUGACAGCUUCAUGAAAGAUCUGAACAUGUUCACAAGAAAAAGCAGCACAUUGAGCGAUACCAGCUACCAGCAGGGCCUAGUGUGCAGCAGGAACGGGCACCAUCCCCAUCAGGAGCAGCAGGAGCACAUUGGCUUCAUUGCAGAGGAGCUGCUGGCUGCAGAGCACUUCACCGUGGGCAGCAUCGCCAUAGAUCCCAUCAGCAUGCAGCUGGGACGCCAUGAGCAAACCACUGGGUUGCUUCAACAUCAUCUCUACUAAACAGUCCACCCUAAUGAGAUGGCACAUGACAGUUGUCGGGUACAGAUGGUGCUGAGACUCCAGUUCAUGGAUCUGUCAUGGUGCCGGAUCUAUAGAGGAGACAAAGAGUGAGUGACAGAUCAGCUGCCUUGCAUGGCUUCACCCUCAUCACCAGCACACAGAGGCAGGCUGGUCUGUGCUUCAGAAAGUGUAGCUGAAUAUCUCGGGCUUUCCACGGUGUAUGUACUGCAAGGAGACACGUUAUGACAUGGUGGAAUGUUCCGAUACUGAGAUUGUUAAAUCAAACCUGGACAUUGAAAGCAACAUAUGAUCAGAGUGGAGCUAUAUAUGUUGCAUGAAAACCUCCAAGACCUUUAAGUUGCAACAUGGUAGCUGCUCCUCUAUACUAGUCAGCGUUGAGGGAAGAUCUGGAAGCUUCCUCUGUGUGCCCUCCCUUACCACCACCACCACCACUGAGCCACUGUUUGUCACUGUCUGCACCCCAGCAGUGAACUGCCUGAGGAGCACGGACUCUCAUGGACUGGAUAUGAGCUUUAUGAAGCUGUCAGAUAGCGUUUCUCCUUUGUUGGGGUAUUCGGCAGAGGAAAUGAUUGGUCGAUCAUGGAACGGCCUCGUCCAUCCUGAAGAUCUGUCGCUGAGUGCAGAUUCUCACAGAAGUUUGAUGCACUCAGAUGACGGCUUCCAGGUGGAAAUGGUGCUGAGACUCCAGCGCAUGGAUCUGUCGUGGUGCUGGAUCUAUAGUCGAGCCACCAAAGUCUCUGGGGAAUGCCAGACCAUCAGCUGCACCAACUUCAUCAUCAGUGAAACUGAGGCCAGAUUUCUUCAGAAGAAAAUCAGCAGCACGGCCUUCAAACCAGCAUUUCUGCCAAAUUCCUACCACUGUGCUCAACACCCUCAAAGCUCCAACAAUAAAAGGCAGAGGACAUCCAACAGCCAGAGUGAGGAGCCUGGUGCCAGAGAUACGAUGGAGUCUGAGCAUGACACAGACUGUGUGGUGAGCGGCUCUUCCCCGAGCUCACCUGCCCUCCUGGGUGAUAGCCCUGCUGUCUUCAUCCCUCCAUACAGCCCUGCCUCCUCCAGCUCCUCUCUGCAGCAGGAGGAGCUCAGCCAUGACAUUCUGAUGGAUGUGCAUGCAUGCACAGAUCAGCAGCUGUGCACCCGUGAGGCCUCUCCCUCCCAUUAUUCCUACCCAGACACAGAGCUCCCUGCAGCCACUCAAACCUUUGGCAUGCUCAUUGGCCACUCUCCAUUUAUCUCCUAAUCUCCGACUAAUUAUUUCAGAGCGUGUACGUUCUCAAUUCUGAUGCUCGCCUUGUUCCAGACUGCUCAUUUGUAUCCGACACGUGUUAGAGCCCAGUGGACAAUUUUGACCUUCAGGUUAAGCCACAAGGAAGCAGCGUUGUCCAACUGCAUUGUGACCCAUACAUACCAGUCUCUUUAAUCCCAACCAGUCUCUCACAUCCAUAGAGCCUGACAGCAGAGAAACCAGUAUUCUGGCUUAGCAGCAGGGUUUAGUGUGCAAGAUGUAUGGGCACCAUCCCCAUCAGGAGCAGCAGGAGCACACUGGCUUCAUUGCAGAGGAGCUGCUGGCUGCAGAGCACUUCACCGUGGGCAGCAUCUCCAUAGAUCCCAUCAGUAUGACGCUGGGACACCAUGAUCAAACCACUGGGUUGCAUCAACUCAAUUCACCAGCUAUAUGCAAAGCAGCAUUCAGCAAGGUGAAGCUUGCUGAAGAAAACCCGUCCUGAAAUAAGUCUGAGACUUAACUGGACGACCACUUGUAUGACAUAUUGUCAUAAACCUCCACUGGAUUUAAAGAAGAGUGUGAGUAAAGACAACUAAAGGACAUCUUCUCAGAUGUUAUUUUCAUAUGCAACACUUUUCUAUCCUGAAAAGCUUAGUUAAAGCUCAUGUAGACAUUCUUUUAUUUUUCCAUUCUGCAAUUUUGUCAGCUGGGUUUUAUGUUCCACUGAUGUCUUAAUUUGAGAAAAAGUACUUUUUAAGAAUCUGAUAGCAUUUACACUGACAUAGAUCCAUUCAUCUUCUAAUAUUGUGACUACAUUUUAAUAAUGAGCACCUACUGCCAUCAUCACUGCAAAUAUCAGCAGUUUCCAUAGGAACCCUUGAUAUUCAAAGUCAUCACCUUCCCACAAGCUAACGCUAUAAGGCAGGCUGAGCUGUGAAAAAGAGGCUACAUGAGUUCAGGCCAAUUACUCUUUGUUCUUGCAAUUUGAUUUUCAUUUUAAAAAAAAAAAAUCACACUACACUUAGCACUUACACAUUAGAUUGAUUUUUAAAUGCAAGCGUGGAAAUAGACAAAAGUUCGGGCUCACCAGAUUUACUACUUUAGUUUUCAGUCCAGCCUUCUGACCUCAGUGACCAUGGUCUCUCACAGAUCCACCAAAGGGGCAUCCAAAGCUCGACGGGACCACAUCAAUCAUGAGAUCAAGAACAUGCGUGCUCUGCUGCCCAUCACCCUGGAGGACCAGGAGCGACUCUCGUACCUUCACUCCAUGGCCGUCAUCUGCACCUACAUCAGGAAGUCUGUCCGGGGGCUCCCAGCUGGAGAGCGAUCACACUGCUCUCUGCCACAUGAGGUCUUUCUUCAAGCCUUGCACGGCUUCAUCCUCGUCUCCACCGCACAGGGCAGGCUGGUGUAUGUGUCAGAAAAUGUAGCCGAGUAUCUCGGGGUUUCCAUGCUACAAGCACUGCAGGGAGAUACGGUAUAAGACAUGGACUCCAGUGCAUGGAUCUGUCAUGGUGCUGGAUCUAUAGUUCAGCCAUAUGGAGAGUGCCAGCCCAUCAGCAGGAGCAGGAGCAGGUCAGCCACGACAUUCUGAUGGAUGUGCAUGCAUGCACAGAUUAGGGGCUGUGCUCUACUCUCUGCUCAGAGACCGGGCUCGCCUGUCACCAUUCACCAUCAGACUCCCUCCCUGCAGCCACUCAAACCUUUGACCAGCCAUCCUUUGGCACGCUCAGUGGCCACACUCCACCCACUUCAUCCUCGCCAUCCUGUGAUUUCAGAGAUUAUACAUCUGAUGCUCGCUUAGUUCCAGACUCUCUUUCUGUGUCUGACAUGUGUGAGAGCCCAGCGGACUGUGCUCUGCAUCCAGAUGAUUUCGGCCUUCUGUUGCAGCCACUUUGAGGCAGCUUUGUCCAACUGCAUCAUGAUGCUCCUGACUUAUCCACACAUACCAGUCUUCUACAGCCAUGCUGUUGGCAUGUUAGACAGCUUCAUGAGAGAUCUAAACAUGUUCACAAGGAAAAGCAGCAUAUUGAACAAUACUAGCUACCAUCUACCAGCAGUGUAUAACAGGAAUGGGGCCCAUCUCCAUCAGAAGCUGCUGGCUGCAGAGCACUUCACUGUGGACAGCAUCACCAUAGAUCCCAUCAGUAUGACGCUGGGACACCAUGAUCAAACCACUGGGUUGCAUCAACUCAAUUCACCAGCUAUAUGCAAAGCAGCAUUCAGCAAGGUGAAGCUUGCUGAAGAAAACCCGUCCUGAAAUAAGUCUGAGACUUAACUGGACGACCACUUGUAUGACAUAUUGUCAUAAACCUCCACUGGAUUUAAAGAAGAGUGUGAGUAAAGACAACUAAAGGACAUCUUCUCAGAUGUUAUUUUUAUAAGAAACUUAUUCCUGAAUGUAGAGCUAAAGCUCAUGUAGAUUUUGUUUUCCUUGGGCUUCACUCAAAGUAUCGACAGGUGUCACAAUCCUGUAGGUAGCAAACUGAAAUGUCAUAUGUGCUACAGGCUGAGACAUCCGUCAUCUUCUAUUCUUCUGAUACAUCAAGAAAAAAAAUCAGUAAAAGACAUUUCAAGGAAACCUUCGCUAAAAUGUCGUGUCUGCAAGCAACUUAUGUGGGUUUUAUACUGUCCCAACACUAUGGAUAAAACCUGCUGUCAGCUGACUUUUGUUUUGCUAAAGUCUUUUUUUUUUUCAUGAAAAUGUACUUGAAAAACAAAAUAAAAGUAUGUGAGAUCAUUCAGCCCGCUUCAUCGCCAUAGUUCUUAACACAAGUAGUUUUUUUUUCUUUGUAUGCCAUUAAAACUUUCAUACUGUCAUAGUUAAAGAUGUUAGACAAGAUGAAGCUACCUCAGCGGUACAGCUAAAUCCAUUCAAAGUCUGAAUUCUGUGCCUUAAAUUGUGUUAAUCCCUGCAUAUUCAGAACUCUGAGUCAUUCCUGCGUUUUGCUUCAGAAAUAUAUAAAAUGUAAAUAAAUCUAAAGAAAAUCAGA